AUGGAGAAGUACUCAAAGUGGAGGGACGCCUCAACGGGCAUUCAGCCAUUCCUACCGCCGGUUCCUCCUUCCUCCGGUUCACCUCUGGCUCUCCUGCUCAACCUUUCCAGCUGCGUUCAUGCGUUGACUAGAGCCAUACUGCUUGGUGCAGUGGCCCUACUGUACCUUUUGCUGGUUGAAGGGGUAUGCCUCGUGCUGGUCCCCAUACCGCCUCUAUUUCACGCUGCCUCCAACAUUCUCACUGCAAUACUAUGCCGUCUCGCUCUCGGUCUCAUGGGUUACUGGUGGAUAGAUACGGAGAUGGUGUCAUCCAAACGAGGACUCAAAGGGGUGACCCAAAUCGUGAACCAGUCACCUCGACAGGGUGAUCUUAUCUUGUCUAAUUGGACAUCCUACGUAGAAGUGCUAUACCUUGCAUUCAGAUACAACCCUACCUUCCUACUGCCCGUUUUCCCGCCCGCUACCCAAGCGGAGACCAAGUUUGGUCGGUCCACAGGAACGGGCUCUGCCAAUAUCGCGACUACAUUGAUCCGGACUCAUCCGCCUUGUUUAGGAUACCUCCCAGUAUCUCUCUUUGAACUGCUUCGGCGCACCGGCGAUGUCCCGCCGACCGCUGCGACCCCCCCUCCUGGCAUGUACAAGACUUUGCGCGAUGCCAGACGGACAGAGCGUCGACCCGUAGCUAUGUUCCCCGAGGGCACGACGGGCAACGGAAGAGCCGUCCUAUGGUUUGGUGUAGAUGUUUUGGACGAUGAAGACAUUGGCGGGGACCAACCGGGUCAAGUCUAUGUCAAAGCGUUCAAGCACUCUGCCCCGACGACAUUCGCUCCUACUGCCACAUGUUCCCUCCCGCAACCCCUCUAUCACCUCUUGACUUCCCUCCUCUUCACGCCCAGUCCAUUCCCUUCUCGGUCUCUCCUCGUGAGAACUCUUCAUCCCUCUGCCUCUCCCUCGUCUCCAUCCUUCCUCCCUUCGGAGGUGCUUGCAUUGGGUCAGGGACCAUCUCUGAAAUAUGGUCGAGGUGCAUGGAGAGAAGCCAUCGAGAUUGUCCUGGCGGAGACGGGCAAAAUCAGGCGUGUGCGUCUGGGAUGGGUGGAGAAGGCCGAGUUGAUAGCGUUCUGGAGGGGAAAGAGGAGAUGA